UGAGUGAGGGGAGGUGGAGACGGGGGAAGAGAGCGACUGCUGCGAUCAAAAGGAAAAAACCGAGUCGGUUCAGUCCGCACGCCUGCUCUUGCGGUGGUGGGACGUUUCCAAGUAGCUCUCUCUCCCGCCGAAAAUCGUGCCGGCGGAUUUUUCCACUACUCGUCGGUGUUGUUCUGUGCAAAUGAAACUCUAGUGUGUGUUGUAGUACACACGUUAUUUUUUUUAACUAAAUUAUUUGUGUUUUUGUGCGCGUCAUUCUUUUGGAUUAACCUGGAUUUGCAUUGAAUUUUUACAACUCUGGUUUUUUCGUUCUACGGAUAAAUUAUUUGGUGUCCCUUUAAAAAUUUGGAUUUUAAAUAUGAACGUGGUCCGAAGUUUUGUGUUAUUGUGUCUCGUGGUGUUGUUUGUAUGGACGUCAGAGGGCGCCGUCGCCGCUGCCAAGUACUUCGAUUUUACGGAAGGAUGUUGUUCCGGUCAGGUGAUGCUGGGCGACAGCCGCGACGUGAUCGAGGGCGACACCCUUCGACUGCCCUGCCGCUUCCAUUCUGCCCUGGCCUCGAGCACCACCCAGUACUUCUGGAGUCGGGACAACAAGAACGGCAAAGACAACGCGGCCAUCAACGCCGCCGCCCUCGACCCCCACUAUAACAUCGACUUCAGCCCACAGGAGGGCAAGUACGACCUGCUCAUCUCCAAAGCCAACUACGACAAGGACAACGGCAAGUUCGAAUGCUGGCUGAAGGAAGGCGGGAGCGGAGUGGACAUAUACAGCGUGUCUUACGUCGUGACAGUCCUCAUUCCACCCGGCGAGCCUAGGAUUACUCCGCCCAGCCCCGUGGCCAGAGAGGGUGAACCCACCGCCCUCACGUGUUCGAGCGAGGGCGGCAGCCCUGAUCCGACCAUCCGCUGGUACCGGGACGGCGUCGCCCUGCAGGGUCAGCUGCAAAAGGGCGGCUCCAGGGAGAGGCCCACCUCGAGUGUCUUGACUGUGACGCCCCGUCUCGAAGAUGACGAAGCCACCUACAGGUGUGUGGUGUCGAAUCGAGCCCUCAGGGAUGACGUCAAGCUGGAGACGAGUGUCGUGCUCACUGUGCAUUAUGCUCCUCGAAUUACCGUGGGACCAUCCAACCCCUUGAAUGUUCUCGAAAAUUCGGAUGCACAUUUGAGUUGCUCGGUGAUAUCGUCUCCUCCCGUCCGUUCUGUUCGUUGGCUAAGAAAUGUCCGCAUGAUCUCCAACACGUAUAAUCACACUAUCAGGGGAGUGACUGCUGAAGACAGUGGAAACUAUACAUGCGUUGCAGAUAAUGGAGUUGGCGAGUCAUCGAAAGCUAAUCUGGAAUUAAUUGUCUUGUAUGGACCACAAGUGAAAGUUCCAACAUACCAGGAGGUGGCUGCUGGAGACACCCUUGUUGUAAAGUGUGAUGUAUCGUCAAAGCCUGCUCCACACACCGUGCAGUGGCUUAAAGAGGGUGAUCCGUAUUUCCGGCAACUGGGAGACACUCUGAGAAUCGACAGAAUAUCGGUAGAUGAUGGUGGAAGAUACAUCUGUCAAGCAUCUACUUCCUUCAGGCCAUCUAGGUCUAAUGUUCAAAGUGAAGCUACUGGUAAUGGUACAGUCACAGUAAGAAUAAAACACAAACCAGGGCAAGCGGAAAUAAUACCUUCACAGCCAGUGGCCAUUGCUGGAAAGCAUUUUACCCUCUCUUGUACUGCUAAUCCUUUAGGAUGGCCUGUUCCUGACUACAUCUGGUGGAAAGAGGGUCAGCAGAAAGAUGAUAAACCAACUCAGAAAUCAAACUACACUCUGCUUUCUGCACACAUGAGCCACGAAGGAAGAUAUUUUUGCCAGCCUACAAACAGUUUAGGGCGAGGAGGAGUAGCAUCUGUUUAUUUGACCAUUCAUGAACCUGCAUCAAUCACGAUACCACUACGUCCCCAAACUAUAAAAAAAGACAAAGAUCCAGACUUCAAAAUCGCCUGCCGUGCUCGUGGUAAGCCUAAACCAAGAGUAAGAUGGCUGCAAAAUGGUCAACAGAUAUCUGAGGACAGUGGCUUAUUUCAUGUGUCUACAACAGAGAUCGUUGAAGACAAUAAUGCUUUCACAGUUCUUAGUACACUUGCUUUUGCUGGACUUAGCAGACGUGAGAAUGGACUCUCGGCAGGUGACCGUGGGAGAUACACCUGCGAGUUUGAGAAUGGUUUUGGCGAGGCUGCAAGAUCAGAAAUGAUGCUCAGAAUAGAACAUUCACCUGUUGUUCGACACACGUACAACAGGGUUGCUUUUGAUGUUGGCGAGACAGCGGUUCUUCAGUGCAAAAUGCAAGCUUACCCCAGCCCACAAUUUGAAUGGUUCUCAAGGGGUAGAGUGUUGGAUGAAUAUGCAAACUAUGGUACAAACAUCACCGAUUUGGGGGAGGAUAUAUAUGCUGGAGUUCUGUCCAUACGAGAUAUGAAGGAGGAAGAUUAUGGUGAAUAUACCUGUAGAGCAUCCAAUCAAGUUGGAGAUGAUAAGAAGACAAUCAUCAGGCUCGUAAGAAAAGGUCCACCGGAAAAGCCAACACUUUUAGAAUUGAUUGAGGUCAGCUCUGACAAAGUAACGCUCCGAUGGCAAGAAGGCUUCAAUGGUGGUUUUUCAAACACUGAGUUUUUAGUGACAUACUUAAAUACUGAAACUGGACGCCAAAUGAAUGAGUCUUGCAGAACUCAAAAUCUUUGCCAAAUAACAGGUUUAUCAGCUAAUACGGAAUACCAUUUCAAGGUUUUGGCAGUGAACUCUCGAGGAUACAGUCAAUACUCCGAUGAAAUGCCAGUAACAACCAAAGACAUGCCAAGACCAUCUGAAGCUCAAUAUGAUCGAGAUACAGGAUAUUUGACUUUCCACGUAGAAUUAACUUCCUUGAAACUUAUAGCAAAGAUUGAAGCAAGGCCAAUGGGCACAGAAAUGUGGGUUUUACAGACAACUAUUCAAGUUAUUAGGCCUAUAGAAAAAGUACAGCUAAGUCCACCAAUGGAAGGCUUUUCUGAUGUAAAAGUGAAACUAUGUUUAGAAAGCAAUGACUCAUGGUGUGGUGAUGCUAAGCUAGCUAAUCCUCUUGAAGAAGAGCUUCCCAAUACUAAAGAUGCAAGAGCUGGAUUUUCGACAGAAUACCUGUUAGUAAUUCUUCCGAUUGUAGGAGGAGUGGCUUUUUUGUUGCUGAUGUUUUUAAUAAUUUGUUGUUGUUGGAAGAAAAGAAGUAAUCAUAAAGAAAAGAAGGAUUUUGAAAUGGAAACUACUAACCCACGUCCUAAGGCAGUCACUCCACCAUAUUUUCCAGACGGUGUCGUCAAUAAAGGUCUUGAAGGAGUUACUGAUGACAUAACAAAAGCAGGUAUCUACACCACCAAUACCUCUGGCAUCAAUGGAGGGAUGAAUGGCCAUAUUCCCUCGAGCAGCCACCCAAAUUCUGGUAUGAUGUUUAAUCCUGAUCAAGACACUAGUCCUUGCAGUGCUUUAGACCAUUCAGAACCAUGGCUCAAGCCAAGUGAUGAACUGGGUAAUGAAGGUUCUUAUCAGCCUUAUGAUUCCAGAUUACCAAAUGGCUAUUUCUACCCUGAAGACUACCAACCUUUGACAGAGGAAAUGAUGAACAUUAAAAAUAGAGAACACUUACAUUCCCCUUAUUACGACGUAAGUGGUCUGCCAGAUCCUUAUGCAAUGGGAGAAGAAGACAAAACGCAGCAUAUAUCUCUUUCGUUCGACGAAAGUCACGAGAGCGGCUAUUCAACUCCUAAUUCCAGGUCUCGGCGAGUCAUCAGAGAGAUCAUUGUCUGAUGUGCCACAUGAGGGUCUUUUAUCGUCAUAUAGACCAAAAUAGUAUGAACUGUGAUAACAAAUAAUGACAAGGAGGAUUUCUCCUCGUCUUAAGGUGCCGGCUGUUUGCAGUCAGUAACUUUGCCAUUCCACAUAGCUGGUGCAUUGUGGAACAGCCUUCAAAGAACUCAUCAGUGAUUAGGAUGUCUCUCAUAAGACCAAUUAUAUGAAAAGAACAAAGCACGAAUUUGAGAGGACGGGUAGGAUUGUAUUUAGUUUGGAAUAGCGUUUAUAGAGUUAAACAUAUUGUUUACGUAAAUGGUACACUUGGGAAAAAUACCAGAUUUGAAUGAUGAAAGAUACCAAAGGGCACCGCGUGGAAAUGACAGAAGCAUGCCAGUUGAAAGUGAAUUCUGUUCCACUUCAUCUCAUAAUUAUUAUUAUUUCAUGAAGAGUUGUAAAUAUUUCAUAUGCAGUGUAUAUAAAUAAUCAUUGGAAAACUGAACUUUCUCAAACAUGCUACUCUUGCCUUAGAGAGACAGAGCUGUAGGGUUUCAUUGUACAUUGAAAAGACACUGUGAUGUCCAAAAGGCACAGAAGACUGAAAAAACCACACAACUAAAAGCUGUUGUUAUUCAUAUUUUGUUAAUGUAAAAUAUAUCAAUAUUCACAUGCAAUAAGUACUUAUACAAGUUAUAUAUUAUUAAUGUAGAACUCUUUAAUCAUCAGUGCAGUGAGAAAAAUGAUAUAACUUAUCAACCUGUUAGGGACACUGUGAUAAAAGUCUAAACAAUUGAAAUAUAUCAAAUUUUAUUUAAAUAAAUUUCAAUACUCAAAACAAGAAUAUUUGUUUUAAACAAAACUGAAAUGGCAUCUGUGUCUCAAGCACAAUAUAUUCACUGCAUCAUUUUAAUGCUUUGUUUUAUUUACAUGAUGCCAAUUUAUAAAUGAACAGAAACGCAGGAUGGAACAAUGUUUUCCAAAACUUUUACGUUCAUCAGAGGUGUUCAUGAGAUCUCAUACUUUUCAAGUCUGCUUAAUUGUGAAAACGUGUGCAGAUAAAUUGAUAGAAUGUAUCAUUCUAAGCAUGAAUGUAAAUAUAUUUAAAACUUUUUAUUCAAGAAAAGCUUAUUUAAUGUUUUCCAUAGUAAAUAUUAAAUUUUAUGUAAUGAAAAAAGAGUAAAUAUUGUAUGAUAAAGGAGGUAUUUUUGUUGACAAGAUAAAUUGGAAGAAAAUUGAAUGAUAUUUUAUGAAAAAGUAGAUGUUGCUUUAUUGCUAUUCCAUUUCUCUGCAUCAAAGAGAAUUUGAUAUACCUUUAACUACAAUUAUUGAAGUUUAUGUAUAUAGCUUUUAUUCAGAAAAGAAAAAGUUAAUUCUUAUGAUGAUGUAUGAUUAUUUUUAAACAACAAAUUAUUUUCAGCUUGCGGAGUAAAUGAAAUAUUCAGCAUUUUAGCAUAGCAUACAGCUUUUAUUUGUAUUUAAUUUAGUUCCUAUGCCAGAGAAGAAAAAGACCAAGAUUGUGAAGUGCAAAUGUGUGAGAAUAUUACAGCUCAUUGUUGCAAACUACUACCGUCCAUUAACACAAUUCUAUUUUGAGUAGCUAUUGAUGUGACUGCUAUGAAAAUUUGUAUGUUAAGUUGGCUUGCUAAUUUAUUUAUAAGAGGUGCUGAAAGAAUAGUGUUUUGAAAGGGAAAAAGAAUGUACUGAUGUUACGAAAAGUAUAGUCAGUCAUAUUCACGUAAAAUAGCAAUAUAUUCCUUGUUCUGUGAAAUGUGUCAUUUCACAUUAUUUAAAGCAAGACAGACAAAGAAACCGUCCCAAAAUAUCAGUAUUUUGUACAAAUCCAAACUUGAUGUAAAUCUGAAAAUGUCUGUCCACAUAUCCUAUUGUUUCCAUAUUUGCUAAGUUUUAUUAAAUUGUAACUCUGCCUCAAAAAAGUGCUUUUUAAGAAGAAAAUGAGAAUUUUAAUUUAAAAAAAGCAUGUGUCACAUUUUUGAGGUAGAAACUUAACUAUGUUCUGCGGAUGAUGAAUUGUUUAAAUCUAAAUGUUUUAUCCCAAAUAAGUCAUUUUUAAAUGAAUUCAUUUUGUUUUGUUUUCCCUCCUCAUCUUGCAAAGAAAACACAUUACUUGUAUAUAUAAAUAUAUAUAUAUAUAUCCUUGUGUUCACCGUUUGUACAGUCGAAUUUCCUCGCCUUGUGUUUUUUAAAUAAACAUGAAUUCCUU